AUGAACUCGUUGAAUCGCAAUCAAACCUGGGUGCUAACGAAGCUGCCUGCUGGAAAGAAGCUAAUCUCCUGUGAAUGGGUUUUCAAAGUUAAGUCUGGUGCAAAUGGAGAACCGGACCGUUAUAAGGCAAGGUUAGUGGCCCGUGGGUUCACUCAGCGCUACGGGUAUGACUACACCGAAACAUAUGCACCGGUGGCCAGGUUGAACACUUUGAGAGCAGUACUGGCAGUAGCGAAUCAGGAAUGGCUACUUGUGCAUCAGAUGGACGUGCGGAAUGCCUUCCGCAGGAAAUCUAUAUGGUCCAACCGGACAAAUUUCAGUAGGGAGACGAUCUGGUGUGUCGGUUUAACCGUUACAUUUAUGGCCUGA